UCAGGUUGCACUCUGUUUUCAGGUGGUUUCUCAACUGCUAAUUCUUCAACCUAGAUGUACCGACGGCGGUCAGCCAUGCCACGUUUUCACUGUGAAUAGUUAUGACUAUGCCUCUUCACAGCAAAGCUCCAAGAGUUGCACUGUUGCAUCAGAUUCAAACUACAGAAUUGGAGAACAGAAAUAGAACACCAGUGAAGAUCCCCCUGGAAAGACCACUUGGAGAAAUGUAUGUGGAGAAUAACAGAACAGGUAUAUUUAACUACCCAGAGGGUGCCACUUAUGACUUUGCAGCUGCUGCACCAGUUUAUAGCUCUGCCAGCCUUAGCUAUGCAGCUAGCUCUGAAUCAUUUGGAUCCGGCAGCCUCUCUGGACUUCAUUCUCUAAACAAUGUGCCCCCAAGUCCUGUUGUUUUCCUGCAAACUGCACCACAGAUUUCUCCAUUCAUCCAUCACCACAGUCAACAGGUUCCCUAUUACUUAGAAAGUGAGCAGGGUAACUUUGGAGUACGAGAAUCUGCACCCCCUACAUUUUACAGGUCAAGUUCAGACAACAGACGACAAAGUGGAAGGGAACGUGUAUCUACAGCUAAUGACAAGGGGCCGCCUGCUAUGGAAUCCACUAAAGAAACGCGAUACUGUGCUGUAUGCAGUGACUAUGCAUCUGGCUACCACUAUGGUGUUUGGUCAUGUGAGGGCUGCAAGGCUUUUUUUAAAAGAAGCAUCCAAGGCCAUAAUGACUACAUGUGUCCCGCAACCAAUCAAUGUACCAUUGACAAAAACAGGAGAAAGAGCUGUCAAGCUUGUCGACUCCGCAAAUGCUAUGAAGUGGGGAUGAUGAAAGGUGGUAUUAGAAAAGAACGAAGGGGAGGACGUAUGAUAAAACAUAAAAGGCAAAAAGAGGAACAAGAGACAAAGAAUGAAGUGGAUACAUCAGAAAUAAGGACAACUUCUAUCUGGGUGAACCCUACUGUUAAAAGUAUAAAACUGAGUCCAGUAUUGUCUCUGUCCGCUGAACAGCUGAUCAGUGCCUUAAUGGAGGCAGAGCCGCCCAUCGUCUACUCUGAGUAUGACUCAACCAAACCACUGAGUGAAGCUUCCAUGAUGACCCUGCUGACAAACCUUGCAGACAAGGAGCUAGUGCACAUGAUUAAUUGGGCAAAGAGGGUGCCAGGUUUUGUGGAUUUAACACUCCAUGAUCAAGUACAUUUGCUGGAAUGUGCCUGGCUUGAGAUUCUGAUGGUGGGUUUAAUAUGGCGCUCUAUGGAACACCCAGGAAAGCUUUCCUUCGCUCCUAAUCUGCUUUUGGACAGGAAUCAGGGGCGUUGUGUAGAGGGUUUAGUGGAGAUUUUUGACAUGCUGGUCACAACAGCUACACGAUUUCGCAUGAUGAGGUUACGUGGAGAAGAAUUUAUUUGUAUGAAAUCUAUUAUUCUUCUUAAUUCUGGUGUAUAUACUUUCCUGUCUAGUACUUUGGAAACUUUAGAAGACACAGACCAAAUUCACUUAAUUCUGGACAAACUAAUAGAUACAUUGGUUCACUUUAUGGCUAAGAGUGGACUUUCUCUUCAACAGCAGCAGCGUCGAUUGGCACAGCUUCUUCUCAUUCUCUCACACGUUAGGCACAUGAGCAAUAAAGGUAUGGAGCAUCUUUACAGUAUGAAGUGCAAAAAUGUGGUUCCUCUGUAUGAUUUAUUGUUGGAAAUGCUAGAUGCUCAUCGUAUGCAUUCGCCUAAAGACAAACUAGGAACUCAAGAGGAAGAUAGUCAGAGUCCAAUUACAACUGUACCCACAGUUUCACCAUGCUUGCCGUCUUUCUAUGCGGACAGAGAAGAAGUGAACUUGCAAAGCGCAGUAUGAGAAUUUUUUUCUUUAUCUUUUUUUAAUUUUACUUUUUUUUUCUUUAUAAAUUGACCUUUCAUGGUCAUGGAAACCCCA